AUGCCACCCAACGAAGCAAUUAUAGAGCAAGCGAUCGCUCAAUUGAAUCGACAAUUGAUUCCUAAAUAUGCUGAGGUUGCAAAGGAAUUCGGAAUCAAUCGCGUUACCUUGAUGCGGCGGUUCAAAGGUCAACAGGUCUCCAGAACAGAGGCAACAUCAAUCUACUGUCAGAAUCUCACGAAUACUGAAGAACAAUGCCUCCUAUUUCAUAUUAAUCAGUUAUCCAAUCACGGCUUCCCUGUGACACCUCAAAUACUGCGCAAUUUUGUAUUAGAGAUCACCAAAAUGCAAGAGAAGAUCAAGCAGUAUAAUAUCCUACCUCAGAACACCUACAAUUUCGAUGAAAAAGGCUUUCUUCUUGACCUCCUUCAUACCCUCAAGCGAAUCGUUUCUAUAGAAGCUCUCAAACGGAAGCAUACAAUUGGAGCAGUGCAGAAUGGCAGUAGAGAAUUCAUUUCUCUACUUGCUGGUAUUUGUACAGAUGGAACUACAAUUCCACCUGCACUCAUUUACCGCGGGGAAUCAAGAGAUAUGCAAGAUACGUGGCUUGAAGAUUUUGAUCCUAAAAAGGAUCAGGCAUACUUCGCUGCUUCAGAAAAUGGAUGGAGUAAUGAUGAAUAUGGGUUAACCUGGCUGAAACAGGUGUUUGAUCCUCAUACAAAGCAAAAAGCAAGAAAUCAUUACCGCCUGCUUAUAUUAGAUGGCCAUUCAUCUCAUAUAAAUAUGGCAUUCAUUGAUUAUGCGGAUCAGAAUCGAAUUUUGCUUGCUAUUCUUCCUCCCCACUCUACACACCGUUUACAGCCGCUAGAUGUUGGAAUAUAUGGCCCACUUGCAAAGGCAUAUUCAGAUCAACUAGAUUCCUAUACACGUUCUGGCUAUGGCUUUAUUCGGACUACAAAGCGAGAUUUUUGGCGAUUAUUUCGUGCUGCAUGGGAAAUCUCUACAACUGCGGAAAAUAUCAAAUCUGCCUUCAUGGCCACUGGCAUACAUCCUAUAGAUCCUGCCCGCGUUCUCAAAAAGAUUCAACCACGUCCACUUACACCCCCGGAACUGCUUCAGCAGCUUGAUAUUAAAAAAAUUCUCCGUGCUGGGGAGAAUAUUGCUCUGGACAGAGAGGUUCUCUUAAUAGAGAAUAAGAAUCUUCAGACUGCUCUAAAUAAUGAGAGAAGGCGACGCAAACGGGGUAAGUGUAUGGGGUUGCUUAAUCCAUCAAAUCCCUCACUUGCUCAAUUCUUUUCUCCCACAAAGGUGCAGGCCGCGAGGGAGCAAGCAGAUGCUAAUGAAACUGCGAAAAUCGAUGAUCAGGCACGCAAGGAGGAUAUGAAGCUUCAACAAGCGAUUCUUCAUGAGCAAAAGCAGGCAGAGCUCAUGGAGCGGAAGGAACAAUGUGAGAAGGAAUGUUUAGAAGCUGCUCAACACCAUGAGGAGGCCAAAGCUGCAGCUGCAGCUAAACAUUGUAUAGAGAAGCAACGCACAGUUGGCAAAGAAGGCACUCACGGAGGCCUCAAAGAGGCCUACAAGAAGAUCAACAAGCGCUUUUUGGAGUUCGUUGGGUGGAUGAGUUCGUUGGGUGGAAGAAACAAAUCCGCGCUAUUCACAAAUCAGACCACGAAUGAACCAGCGGCGGUCGAUCUAUCAUCUACUGAUUGCAUCCCAGGCAUAAGGAAUAGUACCGCUUUCAUGAGCAUGGACAUUGCUAUUGCAAGUCAACCCUUUUGGCUGACAAUUUGCCAAUCGGCUUCUCAAAUCGACAUCAUGUCAACAAGAUCAACACCUGCGGCACAGGGUUGUGCAUCCCUAAAUGGGGAGAAUGACGGCAAGCUCCUCCCAUAUCCACGUUAUCCAGCGAAAGGGGGAGAUGAUGAAAGUUAG